CCUAAUCAUAACCUCCAAGGAGGUAUCUGGUGUGUACUGGCGCCUCUGUGGUGUUAUUACUAUGGUGUACAUUACAUUGACACAUGCAUGCUUGCACCAUUUUUUUUUGAGCACACAAUACAGCUACAUGUGUAGCCUACAUGUACAUGCAAACAUGUCAAUUUCGCCAGGGGAGAUACAAACAAUAUAAUAAAAGGAAGAAAGAAAGAAAACAUAACUCAAUUUACAUAAAUUGAAAAGUACAAAUAAUGUGUGUGUUCUAACAGCAUUCUUACUGCAACAGUGCAUGCUUACACUUUCGCCUUAGCUUUAUUGGUAGGCUACUGACCUAAACAAUUCUCUGUGAUGUGGGCUGCAAAGAGGAAACAGGCAGAGGUGGUGUGAGGGGUGUUCAGUUCCGUGCAUGGUGGUAGGUCUUCACGCUUCGACUGACAUUUUGAAACAAGCGUCGCUAACAUCUUCACGUGAAAUAAAAAUGUGGAGUAUUGAUCAAGCCCUGGGUCUCAUUAAUAUAGUGACGCUUGUCUGCCAACUUCCCUUAACUUUGCAGGCAUCAGCUGUUGAUGUGCAGUAUCCAAAGAAAGAACUAAAACUGAUUGAAGGUGACACCAUGAAACUGAAUUGUACGGUAGUGUAUCAGCCGGAGAAUUGCACAGAGCUGACAGUCAACUGGUACAGAAGAUCUGACAGUGGUGAAUGUCAAAUUCUAUCUGAGCCGGACAGACAACUCAUCUCUAUGAAUGAGACAGAACACCACAACGUGCGAAACAGAGAUGUGAUGUUUGAGAUGUGGAAUAUCUCUGCCAAAGAUGCUGGGCUAUUCCAGUGCCGGGCCUCCUGUGGCAGUUCAAACGCUAUGGGCCACCUUGUUACUCUCAUCAUCGAUCAGAGUUCAGCAGGUAGGACUCCAAAGGCAGCUAGCCGCUGUGGGACAAAUCGGGCUGACAUAGUCCUAUUGGUGGCUACAGCGGCAGCACUCUACCUGUGGCUGGAGUGUCAGAUUGUGUCUUGAAGCUGCCUGACAGAGGGCCACAACAGAAGACUCCCAUGAAACCAAACAGCACUGUAUUUCUUCAGUUAUGUUCAGGUGCAUCUUACAAAAAUAAUAAUGGAAAAGCUUUUUUUCCCUGUAAUUUUGCAUCAAAGUAAAACUUUCAUAUCAUCUGGGGCUUCGGACUUGUAACCGGAGGGUUGCCGGUUCGAACCCUGACACACUCCUAACCCCUCACUGCUCCCUGAGU